GACGACAGGCGAUGUUUGUUGUCAUAUCUGUUUUUGUUGUGAAGAGCAAAGGCGAGGACCAUCUGUGCUCGGAUGGAUCUGUGGCGAACAUUAUAGAGAGGUAGAAUGUAAAACACGAUGGCUGGUUUUGAGACGUACCAGGAGUAUCAGCGGAUUGAAGAUUACGAUGAAGACUCGCCUCCAGGAGAGGAAGAUUUACUCAUCCACGUGCCAGAGGGCAGAGGAGACCCAUGGCAUCAUAUCAAGAACCUCGACAAUUUCUUUACAAGAAUCUAUCACUUCCAUCAGAAGAAUGGAUUCGCCUGCAUGGUGUUAUCAGAGUUUUUUGAACUUGUGCAAUUCCUGUUUGUGGUCACGUUUACAACUUUUCUCUUCAACUGUGUGGAAUAUGAUGUUCUCUUUGCCAAUCGAGCCGUCAAUCACACAGGUCAGAGCCUCGGGCCUCUGGAUAGGAGCAAAGUCACCCUUCCUGAUGCUAUUUUACCCAGCGAGCAAUGCACUGAGAGGAUUCAAGGAAACAGCUGGAUCAUCUUUCUCUUGAUAAUGGCGGCCAUUUUCUGGGUGUAUAGGCUGGUGAAGGUGAUCUGUAAUGUCCUCAGCUAUUGGGAGAUCCGGCAGUUUUAUAUCAAAGCACUAAAAAUACAGAUGGACGAGUUGUGCAACUUCACAUGGCAGGAAGUUCAGAACCGUCUGAUCCUCCUCCAGCGCGAGCAUCCCAUGUGCGUCCAGAAGCGCGAACUCUCCGAACUGGACAUUUACCACCGCAUCCUGCGCUUCAAGAACUACACUGUGGCCAUGAUCAACAAAUCUCUACUGCCUGUCAGGCUCCGAGUGCCCUUCAUAGGUGACGUCAUCUUCCUCACGCAGGGCCUCAAAUACAACUUCGAGCUCAUCCUCUUCUGGGGCCCGUUGUCUCUUUUCCAGAACAAAUGGAGCCUGCAUCCCAAAUACAAGCGGGCCGCGAACCGACACGAUCUGGCCAAGCAGCUCAGUCGGGUUAUUCUGCUGACUGGACUGGUCAAUCUGCUGCUCUGCCCGUUUGUAUUAGUCUGGCAGGUGUUAUACGCAUUUUUUAGCUAUGCAGAAGUGAUCAAGCGUGAGCCGGGGAGUUUGGGGGCUCAUCGUUGGUCCCUGUAUGGACGUCUUUAUCUACGGCAUUUCAACGAGCUGGACCACGAGCUGCAGGGCAGGCUGGGUCGUGGGUAUAAGCCCGCUGCUAAGUACAUGAAUGCAUUCGUGUCUCCUCUGUUGGCGGUGCUGGCCAAAAACGUGGCUUUCUUUUCGGGCUCGGUGCUGGCGGUGCUCAUCGCUCUGACGGUGUACGAUGAAGAUGUGCUAACCGUUCAACACAUCCUGACGGCCAUCACUGUGCUGGGGGUCAUCAUCACUGUCACCAGGUCUUUUAUUCCUGAUGAACAUAUGGUGUGGUGUCCUGAACAGCUGCUUCAGUGUGUCCUGGCACACAUUCACUACAUGCCCGACCACUGGAAGGGCAGCGCCAACAAGAGCGAGACCCGCGAUGAGAUGGCACAGCUUUUCCAGUAUAAAGCGGUCUUCAUCUUGGAGGAGCUGCUCAGUCCCAUCAUCACCCCCUUCAUCCUCAUCUUCCCUCUGAGGAGCAAAUCUUUGGAGAUCAUCGACUUCUUCCGCAACUUUACUGUGGACGUGGCAGGAGUCGGAGACAUUUGCUCAUUCGCACAGAUGGACAUCAGGAGGCACGGAAACCCACAGUGGAUGUCUGAAGGGCAGACUGAGGCCUCGGUGUACCAGCAGGCGGAGAACGGGAAGACGGAGCUCUCUCUGAUGCACUUCACCAUCAAGAACCCACAGUGGCAGCCGCCGCAGGACAGCUCCGUCUUCAUCAGUCACCUGAAGGAGAAAGUGCAUCAGGACGCCCAGACUGGCCCGUCAACACAACUGCUGCUGUCUGAGGCUCCGCUCUGCUCCUCGCUGCUGUCCAAUGAGUCCGGCACCGGGCCUGACAACCUGUUAGCCAGUGUUUUGGCUCACCCCGUCCUGACGGCCUCCGGUCUGCCUGGAAGAAACCGGCGCUUCGUUUCUCCCAGCAGCGCGGCGUCAGCGGCUGCUAGUGUCCUAGCAUCUCUAUCGUCUUCCCAGCAGCCUCACGCCAGCCGCUCGCGCUCACACACACUCCAGCCAUCCCGACAGCAGCCCGACGGACACAUGUACAACAGUGAGCACACGGUGGCAGACAGCAUGUCCGCUAGUGACCCCAGGAUGCUCAGUCAGUCUCGUUCAGCGCUGGCGUCGGAGUUUGCGUCUGCAGAGAUGAGUCUGCACGCAAUAUACAUGCAUGAGGUGCAUCAGCAGAAGACCCAUCAUUCAUCUGGACAGUUUCAGGCCCCUGUGCCAAUGAGGGACAUGAGCGCCAGUGCUCCUCAGACGGUCACUCUGGUGCCGCACACUUCAGGCCGUCUGGGUGGAUGGGCAGAGGAAGACGAGGAGGAGCAGGGGGAUGAAGAGGAGAUCAACAGCAACCCUGAGCUCCAGCACACCAGCAGAGGGAGCAGCUGAAGUGCCUUCAACCUGGACCUUUUUGUGUUCAUUUCUGGGAGUCGUGGCCUUACCUUGGUUUGAAAGCCUUUGAUCAAGCAUGCAUUGACGCCACACGGAUCAGGCUUUUCAUGGAGCCGUUCCUUCAUUUCAGAGGAUCUGUGACGUAAUCAACUGCAAGAGUACGUCUGUCACUUCACAACUAUAUUUACAUUAAGACUGCUGUAUGUGUGUGUGUUUGCUAUUGUUUUGUUCAUGACACGAAAGGAUGACACAUGUUUUACAGUAUUUAUUUCCAUUUCAUGCAACGUUUGUUUCAUUUGGGUUGGAGCAAGUCAUGUUUUCUGUGUCUGAUGUAAAGAUGUGUCAUGCAGGCGGUGUGUUUUUAGGUUUGAAGCGCUGUCUUUGUUUUUGAUGGAUGAAAAUGCAUCACAGUAUUGCUAGUUUCAACUUUGCGGACGGAAAAUAUCAGUGAAUGUAAACUCAUACCAGUUGCCUCAUGAAAA